AUGACUAGCGAAUCGAGUAGAGCAAGUGGUUUUGUUGGACGUAAAUUUACUCUUGGAAAUGGCCCACUUGCUACAGUACGUCGGAUAAACGAUUACUUCGACGAUGCAGACUCCAUUUCGCAAGCGCUCGCUGAUCUCGUCGGGCUAUUCGAUAACAUGAAAUUCAGAGAGUAUAGUCCUGACGAAGACGACGAGUAUAUUAUCGAGGAGACUCGGCUAACAGCGAAGCCAAACGACACUUUUAAGGCUAUCAAACAGUCCUUCCAAUUACUAAAUCAUACUCUGAACAAAUCCGAUGCGUACUCUCGCUUCUCGCGCCGAGAGGGAGCGAUCUUUCUCGUCGACCAUCUUCUCACUUGCCAGACGCCCAAUUUCCCCACGAUGAUGGGCAUGCUCAAUAUGCGCAAGAAACAGAAGUUCCACAAAGAUUUCCCCGUCAACAAACCGAACAAUUGUAUUCGCCUUCAACCGGAGAUGAAGAAAGACCCUCGUAAAGAUCUAAGAGAAUUGAGGAAAGAAGCCGGCGAUCUCCCACUCUUUAUGUCCCUCGAGAUUAUGCCCAGGUCGAUUACUAAAAAAGAGGAGGACAUGGAAAUUACGAUGAUUCCUGGAAAAUUAAACGGAAAGGGGUCGAGAAGUGAAAAUUUAACGAGGAGACGGCCCAAGAACCCCCCGCUGAAGCAAAUACCCGACAAAGCUAAUCACCAACGAAAGAGAGCUUCCGGAGAAAAAGCCGCCGAACGGAUAUCGGUUAUCAACAGAUCUAAAAAGGUUAAAUUAAAGAAAAAACUCAAGCUUCCAGCUGGCAUCAGUAGUCGGAAAUUCAGGCGAAUGAGACAGUGCUCAGUUGUCAUCGAGCGACUCGAUCCCAAGAAAUACAAAAAUUUGCUCUUGAACUAA